AUGGCUGCGCAUUUGCGCGACGUGGUGUUGGGUGGCUCCUGGAAUGCUGAUGCCCAGGGCCAUCAUUAUGUUGAUUUGGAUAUGAGAAUCCAAAUCACGUCGGCUCCUGAUGCAGUACUUUCAGUGCUCGACAUAGGGCCGGAUAUGAUUGCCGAUAUCACAGAGCAGCAGGUCUAUAAACUCGAGAAUGGACGUCACCUUGAUCCUGAUCCCCGACCGGAUACAGCGGAUCAACAGCCACCCAACGGAGAAAUAGAAGAUGAAGUGCCUUACCAAGAGGAAGAAGACGCAUCAAGCGAUGACGUCAGUAUAAAAGUUGAAGAGACACCACGAAAGCUAUUCACAAGAGGUAUGAGAAUAUCGCCAUCGCCAUUUAAAAAGCGAUUGUUCCCACCAAGCCCUGACAUUUGUGAAGAGGGCGAGAACAGUGAUGACGAUGCUGGGGAGGACGAGGAUAACAAUAGCAGUGGAAGCAGCAACGAGAAGGUGAGGGGUAUCGCUAACGACGAAGGGGUAUUUGACAUGUCAGAGGAUGAUGCUGGCCGUCAAGAGUGGCAUAAUCACCUCGAGGCUACUUUUACGAAAGGAUUGCAGCCUCGAGUUCGCCUGGCAGAUCUCAGCUUCGGUAUCCCAUGGGAUAAUAUCAAUAUGGAUGUUGAUGUCGAUAACAAGGAAAAUGAGGUCCCAGAUGGUGAAGAUGAAUGCAAACGGCUGGGAAGUCGGGUUCCUCUGGGUGAGCUCGUCCCAACACGAGAUCUUACCGCUGUCCGCAUUUCCUCCCCUAACCCGAAUAACGAAGCUCCUGUUAUUGUCAACUCCGGUAACGAUAUCACACCAUCACGGAUUCCUAAUAGUUCCAUUGUUGUUCCUAAGCGAACCUCAAGAUCUAUUGUGCAAAACGGGCCGGUAAGCAGGAUCCCCAUCAAAAGGAUAUACAAAGAUGAAUCAUCUGGGUCUGAUCGCGCCCCUGUCAAUGUUAUCGGGCCACAAGAUGGUACCGCUUCCCCACAAUUCACGCAUAAGAGGAGUUCACCUAUCGCGCGGAUGGCUAUAAUGGCUCGUGCGCUAUCAAAUUCUCGCUUGUCGACCAUAAAUGCAGAUGCUGAGGCAGACGAAAAAGACCUUGAUAUUCAGAGUUCCAACGCUGGGCCAACAGCGUCGACUGCCAUGCAGUCGUUCCCAGAGGUUGACACGCCAACAAAGUUUGUGUUACCAAGGAGCUCCUCGGACUACGGAUCAAGUGCAAUUGGCAAUUCUGAUGACUGCAUGUGGCCAACGGAAGGGUCUGCCGGAGAACGCAAUACCUUUGCGGAGGCGGAUGAAAACCAAGUUUCAGAGCCUUUGUUUAGCCAACAGAAUGAAAACGGAGAUACUGACAAUGCUCAAUGCCAGCCACUCCUGCUGGAAGAAAUGGGACCGCCCCCUGGUUACUCCGAAUAUCCAGAAUUUGGAAAUUUUGAUAUCGAUGUAUUCUACGGACAGGACGAUCAGGCUCUCGACGACGAUCCAGGGUCGGAGGAAAGCUGUUCAUAUGAAGAGGGUUUGGACGAAGAAGGUUCGGCCGAAGGCUAUCGGGAUGGAAGUAUAGAUCUUCCAAGCCCGUCGACAGCCUCGCAGCGUAGCAUGAUGUGGUAUUGCACCGAAGCUCUGACCGAUGCCGAUGCCGCUUCUGAAAACCCGAUUUUGGAUGUGGCCAAUGGCGUGUUGACGAUAAGAACAACAUCUAAUGCCAUACCAGGCAUCUUCCUCAUCGUUGCAAAGGUCCGCCUUACUUUGACGGGUGCUUUAGCCAAUAACUCGGAAGAGUUCAAGGCGGCUCUACCAGAGGACGAUAUCGGCCAUAGUAUCCCAUGGCGAAUGACAUACAAGCCACCCAAUAUUGAUGGAUGGGCUCUGAACUUAUGCAUGAUGCUUCCAUUUCCAAGUACAGCCUGGGAAGAUAGUACUUGUCAAAAGGGGCGCCUGGGGGGAGACGUGCAGGAGCAAGCACCAUUGGUGUACGAGACUGACGGGGGAGGUUGCCCGUGCUGCUCAUACCACCUCCAUAAUUCACCAUUGGUGAAUAAAGAACGGUUGAUAGCCAUGGCCGGAGUGGUCACCCAGAGGUUAAGCAUUGGGUCUCGGGUCGUGAAGGAGUUUUUCAAGGACCUCCAAUCUAACGUCGACGUGUCGUCUAGGGCAUAUAGGAAGACACUUCGCGAUUUCGGAGUUAUGUUGAGCAACAUAUGCGGGGAAAAGGGGCCAGUGCACUUCAUAAUCUACUGCAUCAAGCUUGCAUCGCUAGCGAUCGUGUUGUUUAUAAUUGGACCCGGAAUGCUGCUCGCCAAAAAGUGCCCGUAUGCCCGGGAUAUCGGCCUGAGCUCGCAGCCCGCCAUUAUUUCUCCGAUGCCCGAGGAAAUCGGUCCAUCGGUUUGCGGCGGGAUGGACCUCUCGCUACGAUGCCCGGGCGCAGCUGGAAGCGUUUGGAAACCGGUUGAUAUCAGCGGAGCAGAAGCAGCCAGCGAGACGACGACGGCGGCGGCGGCGGUGACAUGGGCCGUGCAUCCGGUGGGCUGUGGGGAAGAAGGCGAGCAUGGAAGGGCAGCAAUGUCCACGGAAAGCGGCUCCUUGCCCUUGGAGCCCACAGCACCUAUCCGUGCGCUACCUGAAAUUGAGCUGCAGCAGCAGGCGGACAGCGGUGGUGAUGGGCCGGCAAGCGGGUUGGAUGGAGCGGUGGAUGCGGCAGAUGAUGGAGGAAAUACCGGCAGUGGCGAUGCCGAUAAGGCUAACGACGCACGAAGGGAGAGCUUGAGGGACAGGGUCGACUGGGCUCUUGGCUGGCGAGGGCCGCUCUUCGACUGA